AUGAAGGACAAAGAAGAGACCGUUUCGCGUUUCGACAGCGCACCAGAUGCGCAGAUCCACGGCGUCAACAAUGCCGCGUUGGCGGUUGCGACGCUGCAGCAGAAGCCGAAACUGUUGAGCAAGAGUAUGCUCAAGCUCUACUGGUGUAUCGGCGUCGCCAUGCUCAACUCCUGUAUCAACGGCUACGAUGGCUCCCUCAUGGGCUCCAUCAACAGCUAUCCCCAGUACCGCGAGUAUUUUGGCUUCGAUCCGACGGAGGGUACUCCUUCCACCGGCAUCGUGUAUGCCAUUUAUACUAUUGGGAAUAUAGUGGGGUCGUUCGCUGCGGGGCCGUUUACUGAUUUCAAAGGCCGCCGCGUCGGAAUGGCCCUCGGCGCCGUCUUCAUCAUCAUCGGCACAGUCGUCCAAGCGUCCUGCCACAACCUGGGCGGCUUCAUGGCCGGUCGCUUCAUUCUGGGGUUUGGCGUCGCGACCUCUGCCACCGCCGGUCCGGCGUACGUCUCGGAGAUUGCCCAUCCUUCGUAUCGUGGUGCCAUGACGGGUUUGUAUAACGUGCUGUGGUUUGGUGGCGGUAUUCCCGGGACGUUCAUUCCCUGGAAGACGAGCGAGAUGGAAGGGACGAUGAGUUGGCGGAUUCCCGUCUGGCUGCAGAUGAUUUUCUCGGGGCUGGUGUUGAUUUUUUGUUUUACUUUGCCUGAGUCCCCCCGCUGGCUCAUCUCCCAAGACAAACACGAAGACGCCCUCAAAGUCCUCACCGAAUACCACGGCGAAGGCGACCGCAACUCCCCCAUCGUGCAGCUCGAGUACCGCGAAAUGGUCGAAGACAUCUCCAACACGGGAUCCGACAAGCGCUGGUGGGACUACCGCGAGCUGUUCAACUCUCGCGAAACCCGCUACCGCUCCAUGCUAGUCAUUUUCAUGGCCUUCUUCGGCCAAUGGUCCGGCAACGGCCCCGUCUCCUACUACUACCCGCAGAUGCUGCGCGGCGCCGGAAUCACAAGCAACAACACGCAGCUCAUGCUGCAGGGGAUCCAGAACGUGGUGCAGUUCGUCGGCGCAGUCUUCGGCGCCCUCAUCACCGACAAGGUGGGCCGUCGCCCGCAGCUGCUGAUCUCGACGACGCUGGUCGUGCUGCUGUUUUCGAUCGUCACGGCGCUGAACGCCACGAAUGUCGUUGAGGGGCCGGACGGGCCGAUCGCGAAGAGCAGCGUCACUGCGCGCGCGCAGAUCGCUAUGAUCUUUGUCUUUGGAUUCAUUUACUCCGCUGGCUGGACGCCUAAUCAGGCGAUGUAUCCGGUUGAGUGUUUGCGGUAUGAGAGUCGGGCGAAGGGGAUGGGGAUGAAUAAUUUCUUCGUCAACAUCGCCUCCUUCUACAACACCUUCGUGACGGGGAUCGCGUUCUCCGGCGCCGGCUGGAAAUACUACUUCCUGUUCAUCUUCUGGGACACGCUCGAAGUGCUCGUCAUUUACUUCCUGUUCGUGGAGACGAGCAAACGCACCCUGGAGGAGCUGACUACGAUCUUCUCGCAGAAGAAUCCCGUCAAGGCGAGUUUGCAGAAGGAUGCGAUUUUCGUCGCUGGGGAUGAGGUUACGGAGGUGAAGACUGUUAGUUAGUGCUUCUUGAAGCUUGAAAACUUAGGGUGGGUGGUUGGGUAGGGCUGGAUUUGGGGUGUUGGGGCAUUGGUAUGAUGAUGGUAUAUACGACCAUUGGUUUGACUCGGGGACUAUGGAUGAGUGAUG